GCUUAUGAGAUCGUACCUCAUUAACUCCAACUCUCCGCCUCUUGUCGCCGUUGUUGUCUCCUGCGGCGUGAGUUCCGAAAGCCCGGCUAAAAACGACUUUAAAAUGGCGCUGACUUCUCAAGGAACAAAGAAAAAAGUUUGCUACUACUACGAUGGUGAUGUUGGAAACUACUACUACGGCCAGGGCCAUCCCAUGAAGCCACACCGGAUACGAAUGACGCACAACCUGCUGCUCAACUACGGCCUGUACAGGAAAAUGGAGAUAUACCGUCCUCACAAAGCCAGCGGCGAGGAGAUGACCAAGUAUCACAGUGACGACUACAUCAAAUUCCUGCGUUCCAUCCGACCAGACAACAUGUCGGAGUACAGCAAACAAAUGCAGAGAUUUAACGUGGGCGAGGACUGUCCCGUGUUUGAUGGAUUAUUUGAGUUCUGCCAACUCUCUGGAGGCGGUUCUGUUGCUGGUGCCGUGAAGUUGAACAAACAGCAGACCGACAUCGCCAUCAACUGGGCUGGUGGUCUUCAUCACGCCAAGAAGUCGGAGGCUUCUGGUUUCUGCUACGUCAAUGACAUUGUUCUGGCUAUUCUGGAGUUACUGAAGUACCACCAGAGGGUUCUGUACAUAGAUAUUGACAUCCAUCAUGGAGACGGUGUGGAGGAAGCCUUCUACACCACGGACCGUGUCAUGACCGUGUCCUUCCACAAGUACGGAGAGUAUUUCCCCGGCACAGGAGACCUGAGGGACAUUGGUGCAGGAAAGGGUAAAUACUACGCCGUCAACUACCCACUGAGGGAUGGCAUUGAUGACGAGUCGUACGAAGCCAUUUUCAAACCCAUCAUGGCCAAGGUGAUGGAGAUGUACCAGCCCAGCGCGGUGGUGCUGCAGUGUGGAGCCGACUCUCUGUCAGGCGACCGCCUCGGCUGCUUCAACCUCACCAUCAAAGGCCACGCCAAGUGUGUGGAGUACAUGAAAAGCUUCAACCUUCCUCUGUUGAUGCUGGGUGGAGGCGGCUACACCAUCCGUAACGUGGCUCGCUGCUGGACGUACGAAACGGCCGUAGCCCUCGACUCCCCCAUCCCUAACGAACUUCCAUACAACGACUACUUUGAGUAUUUCGGACCAGACUUCAAGCUUCACAUCAGCCCGUCCAACAUGACCAAUCAGAACACCAACGACUACCUGGAGAAGAUCAAGCAGCGCCUGUUUGAAAACCUGCGGAUGCUUCCUCAUGCUCCUGGGGUUCAGAUGCAGGCCAUCCCAGAGGACGCCGUACAGGAGGACAGCGGUGACGAGGAGGAAGAAGACCCCAACAAACGCAUCUCCAUCCGCGCUCAUGACAAGAGGAUAGCGUGUGAGGAAGAGUUCUCCGACUCCGAGGACGAAGGUGAGGGCGGUCGCAGGAACGCCGCCAGCUUCAAGAAAGUAAAGCGAGUCAAAACCGAAGGUGAGAAGGAGGGAGAAGAGAAAGAGAAGAAAGGUGAGGAGGAAACAAAAGAUGUCAAAGCAGAAGAGAAGGUGCAGGAGGAGGAGAAAAUGGACACAUCAAAUCUAUAGUUGUUCAUGUCCUCACUCUGGAUCCUUUAGGCCAAAAGAGGAAUCCAAGUCGCCCUGAGGUUGUCAACACGCUGAAGCCAGUGCAGCCGCUCAGGCCUGAACAAAAAGAUUUCUUUUUUUUUUUCUCCAUGUUUUAUUGAUAAGGUUUCUUCCAGGCUGUGACUAUGGAACUUACUGAAGGUCCGUUUCUCUUUGUAGAAACUUCUAGAAAUGUGAUAAGGAUCUGUACACGUAUUUCUAGGACAACUUUUUAACUUUUACUUGUAAUGACCUUGAAGUCGAACUGUUAUUUUGUUCUUUAUAUAUUUCAUGCUUUUUCCUCCUUUUUGUUUUUAUUUUUUUUUUAAAUUUUUUUGUGGUUCUGAACUUUUUGAAGCGACACCUUGUGGAGCCUCUCUGUAAAAACAAAAUGCUUGGUAUGUGUAUGCUUUUAUAUCUGAUUUAAUUUAUUUAAAUCAUAGAUAUUUUUUCACUCUUCUCUCGUCGUCCGUCAAACCCCACGUUAGCCCCUGUGCCUUUUGGGAUGUUUAGUUGAAGCAUGUUUGUACGAUAGAAUUUUUUUUUCUUUUUUCUGUAAUACAACUGUAUAAGUGUUUGUUUUUUAAUUUUUAUUUUUUUUGCCUGCUUAGUUCAUCAGUGAUGGUUGACACCAGUGUCACGUACAGUCAUGUGUUUCAGGCGGUUAAAUGUGAGACUCGGAUAUUAAAGGUUUGGAUCAUACCUAGGUUGUACCCAACGUAGAACUCUGUCGUCUUAAGGUUUCAUGCAGUACUACUAGUACUCCGAACAUGAAAAAAAAAAAUACAAGUACAAGGCAGGACAGGAAACAAGAUUACUUAAUUUGUUGUAUAUAUUUGUAUUCAGAAACUUACAAACGUCGUCCUGGUGUUGGUCCACCACAUUUUAAACACCAAUAAAGAUUUACAUUAAAAACA